AUGGCGGUUUUUGGAUUGCAAUCCUCAAAUACCAACGAUGAAAUUUCACGCUAUCAAGUUGGUCGUUAUGUAAACUGUAAUGAAGCGAUUUGGCGUAUAUUCUCAUUCCCAAUUCACGAACGUCAUCCUACUGUUGUGCAUUUGGCGGUGCAUCUGGAGAAUGGUCAACGAGUAUAUUUCACGGCUUCGAAUGCUAUGCAACGUGCUGAAACACCUCCAGCAACUACAUUGACCAGUUUCUUUGCGAUCUGCCAAAGCGAUCCGUUUGCACGAACUUUGCUUUAUUCGGAGAUGCCACGUUAUUAUACUUGGAAUGCUUCAUCGAAGAAUUUUCAAAGACGGAAGCAAGGCGAUGCGGUUCCUGGGUAUCCGGAUGUGCUUUCUACUGAUGCUCUUGGUCGCAUGUAUACAGUUCAUCCAAAGAAUGAUGAAUGUUUCUAUUUGCGGUUGUUGCUGGUAAAUGUGCGUGGGCCAACGUCAUUUGAGACACUACGGACUGUUAAUGGUGUAAUAUUCCCAACAUAUCGUGCUGCAUGUGAAGAACUGAACUUAUUAGAAAACGAUACACAUUGGGAUACGACAAUCGCUGAAGCCAUUAUCUCUGCAUCUCCAAGUCAGAUACGCACAUUAUUCGCUAUCAUAAUUUCGACAUGCUUUCCAUCAAACCCAUGUAACCUGUGGCACAAAUAUAAGGAUAAUAUGUCAGAAGAUAUUUUACAUCAAAUUCGUAUCACUUCCAGAAAUCACGAUGUUGAGAUGAAUGAGGAGAUACAUAAUCAUGCUUUACUCAUGAUCGAAGAUAUGUGUUACCUCAUGUGCGGUAGUUUAUUAAUCAGGUUAGGAAUGCCAGCGCCCAAUCGUGAAAUGAAUGACGCAUUUAAUAGAGAAUUGGAACGGGAACGUGAAUAUGAUCACCAGGAAUUAGAUUUAGUAGUGCAAACGAAUGUACCCCUGUUGAAUUCCCAACAAAAGGAAGUUUAUGAUACUUUAAUGAAGGCAAGCGAUGAUGGAAGUGGUGGUUUAUAUUUUCUAGAUGCCCCUGGUGGAACAGGUAAGACAUUCCUCAUGUCAGUAGUUUUAGCCACUGUUCGUGCGAGAUCCAACAUAGCGGUUGCAUUUGCUUCUUCUGGAAUAGCAGCCACAUUGUUAGAAGGAUGCCGUACGGCUCAUUCAGCAUUAAAAUUACCGUUAAAUCUUCAAACUAUUGAAGAACCAACGUGUAAUAUUACGAAAAAUUCAGCAAUGGCCAAAGUUUUAUCGGCAUCGAAAAUCAUCAUCUGGGACGAAUGCACAAUGGCGCAUAAACGUGCAUUAGAAGCACUUAACCGAACAUUGAAAGAUUUACGGAAUGACUCGAGAUGUUUUGGAGGAGCAAUGAUUUUACUGUCUGGCGAUUUCCGCCAAACACUGCCAUUAAUUCCAAGAUCUACGGCUGCGGACGAAAUAAACGCUUGCCUCAAAUCGUCGAAUCUAUGGCGCUAUGUGAAGAAACUGCAGCUGACAACAAACAUGAGAGUUGCAUUGCAUAAUGAUACAUCUGCUGAAGAAUUCUCUGAGCAAUUGCUGACUAUCGGUAAUGGUCAAGUAUCUGUCGAUGAAUCGAGCGGAUUGAUAUCAUUUCCAAAUAAUUUCUGUAAUUUUGUGUCAUCAAAAGACGAACUUAUCAACAAUGUAUUUCCAGACAUUAUUUCUAACUACAAAAAUAACGAAUGGUUGAGUGAGCGAGCAAUUUUAGCGCCUAAGAAUAAAGAUGUAGACGACCUGAACUAUGUAAUUCAAAAUAAGAUCAUUGGAACAAUGCAUUCAUUCAAAUCUAUUGACUGCGUCACAAAUGAAGAUGAAGCCACCAACUAUCCAAUUGAAUUUUUAAACUCCUUGGAUGUGCCUGGCUUACCACCGCACAAUUUACGCCUAAAGGUUGGCUCCGUAGUAAUCAUGCUUCGAAACAUAAACCAACCAAAACUGUGCAACGGUACGCGUUUGGUGGUUAGAAAAUUGAUGAACAAUGUAAUUUACGCGACGAUACUGAAAGGAAAAUUCAAAGGUGAGGAAGUUCUCAUUCCGAGGAUCCCGAUGAUCCCAACCGAUUUGCCGUUUGAAUUGAAAAGACUUCAAUUUCCGAUCCGCCUUGCAUUUGCCAUGACCAUCAACAAAUCACAAGGCCAAUCCCUAAAAGUUUGUGGUUUGAAUCUAGAACAUCCAUGUUUUUCCCAUGGUCAAUUAUAUGUAGCAUGUUCACGGGUCGGAAGACCAUCUGCGUUGUUUGUUUUUGCGCCUGAUAAGAAAACAAAAAAUGUCGUGUAUCACAAGGUACUUAAGUGA